CACCUUCCAUGGCUUUUUCUCUUUCUUGGGGUUAAACAUUAGGAUUUUCUUGUUCAGACAUGCCAGAUUUUUUUGGGAUGGAUAAGAUAAAUGAAUAUAUUCUAAGAUCCUGCUAUAUCUGUGUAGUCUUUGAAUUGCCAGACGUCAAUAUCUUCUAAUGUUGUGAAUAGAAAAUCUCUUAUGCUCCCAUUUUUUAACCUAGAUUACUCAUGAAUCUCUGGAGACCAAGGAAUACACUUGUGUUGUGCCAUAAAUUUUUGACUCCGAUUGAACAUCCCUUACAAAUCAGAUCGUUAUGUGCAUUGGAACGAAAGCAGUAUGUUAAGUUUUGUUAUGAAAGGAGUUCUGACUUUUGCUCUGUUUAUGUCUUAUGGUUAUAAGAUUGGGAACUGGUCCAGAUGGCUAACUGACCUAUUUGGCAUGGAUGAUGAUGAUGACUCACUUGAAGAUGUGAAUGACGAUGAUGACAAUGAUGAGAGGCAAGAUAAAUCAUUCAAGUCUUUCCAUCUCCUCAAUGCGUUGAGUGAUCUCAUGAUGCUUCCAAAGGACUUGCUCUUAAGUAAAUCCAUCAGAAAAGAGGUCUGCCCUGCGUUUGCUGCACCACUGAUCAAAAGGAUUCUCGACACUUUUGUCCCAGACGAAUUUUGCACUGACCCAAUUCCUGGCGUUGUGCUUGAAGCCCUGGAAUCCGAGGACACACUUGAGGUUGGGGAGGAGGCUGUCACAAACGUCCCCUGCACUGGAGCUGGUACAGUCUAUUUGCCACCCUCAAAGACUUCCGUUGCGAGUAUUAUUGGAGAGGUUGGAGGCCAAUCACAGCUGAGAAGAAGUGGGUCUUCAGUGCUCAGAAAAUCAUACACCAGUGAUGAUGAGCUUGAUGAAUUGAAUUCACCCUUGGCCUCGAUAUUCAUAGAUUCUUCCCGGUCUUCACCAGUUGCAACAAAGCUCAGCUGGGUAUCAAAGGGAAAUAGCCAACAAAAUGCCACCAGAUACGAACUCCUUCGAGAUGUGUGGAUGAAUAGCGAGUAGCUCUAAUAUGUAGAAAUACAUGUUCCCGCGUGUAUAUAGAUGAAUAAUUUGUUUCUGUUCCGUUUGGAGUUUGUAAAUCUGUGCUCCGGUUUUGGUCACAAUAUCCCUAUCUAGAUGUCGCUGUACAAAAUAGCCGCAAGUCUAAUAGAUUCAUCAAACGUUUUAAAAUGGAGUACCAGUAGGAUGAUUUCCCAAGAAAAAAGGAAUAAAAAGUUAUGUCAAACUGUUAUUUGUGACUGAGUGAA